CGUGAAGCUCUGUAUCAUGUGACUGUAGUAGAUGCAAAAUGGCGGCCACGGGAGAGGAGGCUGCUGAGAUGGACUGCAUCUCAAGAGUUUCCUUGGCCCAUCCCACCGUCCUCAGCCUGGGAGGGAGCUCAGACCCCCGGGGAGAGCCUGCCUCUGAGGGCCAGGAGGUUGUGACUGCGGCGCCCAAGAAGCCCAUCAACAGCAGUGAUGGUGGGGUGGAGACUGCAGAGGAGGCCGUAGAGCCAGCAGAGCCAGACAUCAAUGAACUCUGUACAGACAUGUUCGAUAAGAUGGCUGUCUUCCUACAAGGAGAACUCACUGGCACCUGUGAGGACUACCAUCUACUGGAGAACAUGAACAAGCUGACAAGUCUGAAGUACAUGGAGAUGAAAGACAUCAGCAUCAACAUCAGCAGGAACCUGCAGGACCUCAACCAUAAGUAUGCCAGCCUGCAGCCCUACUUAGACCAGAUAAAUCAAAUAGAGGAACAAGUGUCUUCUCUGGAGCAGGCUGCUUACAAACUGGACACCUACUCAAAGAAGCUGGAGGCCAAGUUCAAAAAACUGGAGAAGCGAUGAGGAUUAUGGAAGGAGGAAGAGGGGUUACUGGUCCUCCUUCACCCAAGCUGUAUACCAAACCUAACAUAUACGAUCUGAGGAAGCAGACCCACACCUCUACAUCAGCCUGAUAUAGAGGAAUGGGGCAGCCUGGGGAUGGUCAAAGGAAUAUCCCAGAUGUUACACCUAGCAUUAUCAUUUUGGUUGGAUCAUUUAAGUUGCAUCUUAAUACCAGGUGUAGAUGGCGCUUUGGGUAGUUUGUGUCCAUAUUCCUGUUAACAUUCCAGGUCACUCUGUCAGUCCUGUCAAAAUUGCUAUUCACUUCUUGGAUUUACUGAGUUUAUCCUGAAUUGUCCCCUGCUGGGUGCACACUACUGUAGAAUCACCACCCUCCUAACCUAGAAGUUAGUUACACAGAUGACAACCAAAUUCACUUUGACUGAAGGACAUUAGCUUCUUUAAAUGUUUUCCUGUGCUGCUGGCAUCACCGAAUUACUGAAUUAACAUGACAAAAUUACCUUUAUGCUUUGUGUGAAUACUACUGUCUCUUAAGAUCGUCAUACAUGUGAUUGUAGCUUGUGUAAAAUGUAUCAUUUAAAAACAUUAACUUUGAACUGAAAAUACAUUUAUCAAAGAAACUGAUGUCAUUUCACCAGCAGAUGGCAGCGGAACUCCAUGUUCAUACUGCAAUCCUGUUUGUAAGAUUCGGGGUACAUUUGAUUAGUCAGAGACAGUGUGAUCUCCCAGAGAACAUUAUUGAUUCACAUGACAUUUACAGAAACAUGCCCCAGAACCUAAUCAACACACAGAUAACCCCCCUAUUUGUAUUUAUUUUAUUUAACGAGGCAAGUCAGUUGAGAACAAAUUCUUAUUUACAAUGACGGCCUAUGGGUACUGGGAUUAAAAAUAUAGGACGAGACAACACUACAUAAAGACCUAAGGUGACAUAGCAUAGCAGUAACACAUGACAACAUGGUUGCUACAUAAAACAUGGUUCAAACAUUAUUGGGCAAGAAGGUAGAGACAAUACAUCACUAGAAGCAGCCACAACUGUCAGUAAGUGUCCAUGAUUGAGUGAAGAGGUGGAGAUAUAAUUGUCCAAUUUGAGUGAUUUUUGCAGCUUGUUCCAGUCGCUAGCUGCAGAUUACUGAAAAGAGGAGCCCAGGGAUGUGUGUGUGUGCUUUGGGGACCUUUAACAGCAUGUGACUGGCAGGGCAGGACAGGUUGUAUGUGGAGGAUGAGAGCUGCAGUAGGUAUCUCACAUAGGAAGGGGGGGGUAGUAGUCCUAACCAUACAGACUACCACUGUAACCUAACCAACCAAACCCACUCAGAACCCAUCUAGAGCCCUAAACAACUGCAGAAAUAAAAAAUAUAUUUGUCACAUGCUUUGUAAAAGUGUACACUAACAGUGAAACCCUUACUUUCAGGUUCUUGUCAACAAUGCAGAGAAAGAUAAAAGUAAUAAUAAAUACACAAUAAGUAAUGAUAACUUGGCUACAUACACUGGGUACCAGUAGUGAGUCGAUGUGCCGGGGUACAAGGUAGAUAUGUACAUACAGUGCCUUCAGAAAGUAUUCCUAUCCCUUGACAUAUUCCACAUUUUGUUGUGUUACAGCCAGAAUUCAAAAUGGAUUUAAAUCAAAACAAUUAUGGUCAGACAGCCUUAGACUGACAUCACCAUUUUAAAGGUCUUCAGUUGAUAUUAUCUAAAAUGCUUAAAGUGGGGUUUAUGUACCGUGCACUAGUCCAUUGCCAUGCAUAGCUACCUACCAUACCAGUGUAGCUGCUCCUACCCUUAAUUGUUUACUACUGAGUUGGUUGUUCAGGUUUAAGCCAGGUGUGCUGCGUUAGAUAUAGAUGCUUUGUCUCCCUGGAGUAGUUCUAAUCACGUUCUGUUAGAUCACAGGUGUCAAACUCAUGCCAUGGAGGGCCGGCCAGGUGGCAGCUGGUUUUCGCUCCUCCCUUGUACUUCAUUGAUGAAUUAAGGUCACUAAUUAGUAAGGAACUCCCCUCACCUGGUUGUCUAGGGCUUAAUUGAAUGGAAAAACCCAAAACCUGCAGACACUAGGCCCUCCAUGGAAUGAGUUUUACACCCCUGUAUUAGAUGUGGCACUGUCUUGUAAACGACAAAAUGUGGUCAUUUAAACUAAUGAAUGCAAAUCACUUCAAUCAUAGUUUCUAUCGUCUUACCUGGUCUAAUUAACAAAGUAAAGUCGUUGUCAUUAAAUGCUCAUUCUCAUCGGUUAGUACGUGUGGGCGGAGUUGAGGUGUAUCGCGAUAAAUGCUUUCCUUUUCUCUCCGCUUGAACAUCAAUUUACCUUGUGCGCCAUAGCAGUUUGUUGCAUCAUGUACGUAUAGGCAGUUGAUUUAGGAUGUUGUAGACUCUUUCCUUCCACUAAGGGGACAGUUGGACUCUGUUUAAAACAGGAAAAACGGUUCAUCCCAAUAUAUGUUUUAGUAUUUAGGCCUAGUAUUAGCUGCAGUAGUAACCCUAUUGAGGGGCUGAGCUUUAGACUUGCCGUCUUCUGUCAUUUGUGUGAGUUUUCAUAUUCUUAAUGUUGCUGUUAUUGACAACUGUUUGAGACAAGCCAUGUAUCCUGAAAUCCUGCAUCUGUAAUAUAUUAAAGUAUUACUUUGUAUCCUCCCCA